AGUCACCCUGGACGGAACGUUUUCGCAGAGACGCUCGCCGGGGCUGUCUGCGAAGAUGCUGGAGAAAUGGUGGCGGAAGCCCCCGGAAUAUCGGGCAGGGACCCGGGGUAAAUGCUGAACCCACGUUCAGACGCACACAACUGGAGCGCUUACAGCAGCGGGAGGGAGCGAGGUCGGACGCCCCAGGCUCCUGGCCUCCCUUCUCGUGAGAUCCGUCGAUUCUUCCGAAGCUGAGGGAGGCGACAUCCCAGUAAAAGGCCUCGGAGUCCCCAGUCCCUACCUCUCCACGUCCUGUGAACGGGACUCAGUCUACCUGUCUGUAAAGUGGAGCGCUUCAUCCCCGCCCCGCGGAUGGGGAAACUGUAAGGCAGAACGAGAGGGUCGCGUGCUCUCGGCCGAGGCCGGCGGCCCCACCGCGGCCUGGGAGGACCCUUUCCAGCGCAGACCGUUUUCGGAGGCGCUUCUUGGUUCUUUCGUGCACUCGAGAAUUUAAAACGGACCCUUGGCCGCGGCGGGGAGGGGGGGUGUUGGGGGCGUGUGCGGAAGUGGCCCUACGGAAUCCGGCAGGGCCACGCGCGGCGCGUCACCAUGGCGACGGCUGGGGCCCCGCGGCGCUUCUGCCGCUGCGCCUGUUUCUGCUCCGAGAACUUGUACGUGGCGCGCUACGGGCUGCACGUGCGCUUCCGGGGCGAGCAGCAGCUGCUCCGGGACUACGGCCCGAUCCUGCGCGACAGAGGCUGCGUCAGCCCCAAGGACUUCCAACAGCUGUUAGCAGAGCUUGAGCAGGAGGUGGAGCGGCGGCGACAGCUGGGGCAGGACUCGGCAGCCAGGAAAGCCCUCAUUGCCAGCUCGUACCGCCCGGCGCGGCCCGACAUCUACACUUUGCUGCAGGAUGCGGCUCUGGCCCCGGAGUUCCUGGCCGCGGCUGAGUACAGCGCAUCUCCAGGUGCAGACCUCAAGGGCCUUCUCCAGCGGCUGGAGACGCUGUCAGAGGAGAAGCGGAUCUACCGGGUGCCAGUGUUCACGGCGUCCUUCUGCCAGGCUCUGCUGGAGGAGCUGGAGCACUUUGAGCAGUCGGACCUGCCCAAGGGAAGACCCAACACCAUGAACAACUACGGGGUGCUUCUCCACGAGCUAGGUCUGGAUGAGCCGCUGGUGACACCACUGCGGGAGCACUUCCUGCAGCCGCUCAUGGCCCUGCUGUAUCCAGAGUACAGUGGGGGCCCACUUGACAGCCACCGUGCCUUCGUGGUCAAGUACGCACCAGGCCAAGACCGAGAGCUGGGCUGCCACUACGACAACGCCGAGCUCACCCUCAACGUGGCCCUGGGCAAGGCCUUCACAGGGGGCGCCCUGUACUUCGGGGGCCUCUUUCAGGCGCCUGCAGCCCUGAUGGAGCCCCUGGAAGUGGAACACGUGGUGGGCCAGGGUAUCCUGCACCGGGGCGGCCAGCUGCACGGGGCCCGGCCCCUGGGCACAGGCGAGCGCUGGAACCUUGUUGUGUGGCUGCGGGCCUCUGCUGUGCGCAACCGCCUCUGCCCCAUGUGCUGCCGUGAGCCCGACCUGGUGGAUGACGAAGGCUUUGGUGAUGGCUUCACUCGCGAGGAGCCCACCACCGUGGAUGUAUGCGUGCUGACUUGAGUCUGGUUUGGUCCAGCGAGUCGGGCUUGGUAUGGCUGGCAGUGGCUCUGCCCCCUUGGGCUGGGAAGACCAAAAUAAACUCUCUGCAGCCCAUGGCACUGGGUUUCACAAGAGAA